AAGUGCAUGAUUUUCUGGCAGUUGAACUAAAGCCUUCUAAACAACUUCCAGGCCCACACACUCCCAAACCUACCCCAGAACACACAUUUUUUUUCUCCCUCACUCUAAUAUCGUAUACAAAGUGCUGAUUGGCCAAACCAUGGAUACAGAGGAGUUCAGUUUCCCUAGAAUCAGUGAUACUUGUGCACACAACAUUGAUUCACCUCCUCUAUGGAACCUGUCACCAGCAGCAUCUCCUAAUCCCUACUACCAAGGGAACAAAAGAGGAGAAAAUGAGUGUUUUGGAGCAAAACUAGUAGCAGCUGAGGUUCACAGGAAGAGUUUUUCAUGUGUAGAAAAUAGCAGGAAAAGAUUUGGACUAGAGGAGGAUGAAGACAGAAUGGACAUGUUGUGGGAGGAUUUCAAUGAGGAGUUGUAUUCAACAACAACCACAGUGUCUGCUACCUCUUCUUCAAGGGAAUUAAGAUAUGCUCCAGCAUUAACUGUUGCAAAGAUCAAUAAUAGUUCACUAUUUCCCACUAAGAACAACAAGCCUAGCAUGGUGGUGAUUGUGAGGGUCAUGAGGAAGCUUUUCUCCAUCAACAAUUCUCAAGGUAAAUCAAGAAAUAGAGCAAGAUAAGUCUGUGAUCAUUUGUCAAUCAGGCAAUUCGGGUUCUUGGAAUGAUUGAUCUUGGUUGCACAAGAUGUAUAAGUUAUUAUAAAUCCGUUAUUCCCACGAUUAAAAAAAUUGGGGUUCUUGGAAUGAUUGAUCUUGGAAGAAGUUUCUUGCUUGAUUAGAAAGGGUUUGAGUCCAUGAGGGGAUUUGACUAAUUAUGCCUCUUCAAAAAGCCAAUGUAUAUGUAUAUAGUGGAUAUAAAUUAUCGAGAAUGCUUCUUUGAUUCAUUA